UCUUCCGCUUGCGGUCGGCGGGACUACAUCUCCCGGCGUCCCUGGCCCCACUUCCGGCUCCGGCUCUCCUUCCCGUCGUGCCGCGGCGGCGAUGCUGGCGGCGGGGCUGCGGGGCCUCCCCGGCCGGGCCUCCCUGCUGGGCCGCGGCCUCCCGAGCCUCGUCCCUGCGCGCGGCCGCAAGACCCGCUUCGACCCCCCGGCCAAGUCCAAGGCGGACCGGAUCAAGGUGCCGCCGCCCGUCGACCCAGCCGAGCUGCUGGUCGUCCUCGACCGCUACGAGCAGUACCGGCGGGUCGUGGGCGCCGUCAGAAUCAAGUUGAAGGAAGAGCUAAUGCAGAAACGCUAUGAUAACCAGUAUGGGGAACUGGCGAAGCAGAAGAAGAAGGCGGAGGAAGAGGAACACCAACUUCUAAUGGCCUGGAAUGAUGCAGAAAAUAAGCGUUUACUCGAGCGGAGAAUGGAGCGACUCCGGGAGGAAGAAUUGGCGGCCAGAGCCCGUGAGCUGCGGGUUGAGCAGCAGAGGGCAGCCCUUCAGGAGGAGUUGCUCAAGAAGAAAGAGGAGGAGGUGCUCCAGCUGCAGGAAGAAUCCAAGAACUUCAUCACUCUUGAAAACUUGGAUCAGCGAAUCGAGGAGUGUCUGAACAAUGCGCAGAAUUACAAUUUUGCCAUUGAUAAAGAAGGGAGAGUAGUUAAGCGGACUGUCAUGCCGUAGCUGCUGUCACAGAGCAAGGAGUGCUCCAUCCGGCUCCCAGGUUUCCUCUGAAGAAUCAAGGAGUCACCAGUGCUCCUCCCUAUCAGCCUCACCGCCCUCAAGGGGUGGCUUUGAAGGGUGGACAGUUCAGGCUUUCCAAACUGUGCAGCUCUGGUUUGGCAAUUGCUCCAGCUGUUUUGCAGAAAGAAAUGGAUCUUCUUCAGAGAUUUGGCCUUUUAAUCCAUCGUUGCUGUGUUUAAGAACUCAAUUCAGCCUUUGAAAAAGCAGUCUUUGUAUGUGUGCAACCCAUUUGUUCCUUUUUCACAGAUUGGUUUUCUUUAGAAAAGGGAAUGGGACACUUACUGAAGUGUUCCCUUUAAAAAUAAUUGACCUGUAGAACAGGUUCUCUGGGUUGCUCAGAAAUUAAACACAGUUAUUU